UUGUUAAAAACGAAAGGCGGUGAACAUUUUUCAAAAUCGCCAUUUGAAUACAUGGAGGAAGGGAAAGUUGAGACACAACAAUUCAAACAAAAAACACGUGAUACAAUGCCACGUUAAUCCUUGCAAACUAUUCCUCAAAUUUUACCCGUGACGAUAAAAGCAGCGUCCCUUUAUCCUAUCGUGUCAAAUUCGGGCUCUCUAAUAACCUCGAAUAUCAGGAAACGUGCUCCUGGAACGAUGAACAAUUUCGUCAAAAUUUAACUAUAAAGAUAAAUAAAUUCCUCAGAGGCAGCAAAAUAGCAAUGCUAAUUCUAGACAAAUUUGUAAACGAUACAGUCGAGAAUAACAGAACGUACUGCUCCCCUUCGAAUAUGCUCGUUUGCAGUAAGGCGACCGGGACCUGCAUUUGUGGCGAGUUUCGUUUACAGGCUUUAUUGGGGGAUAAGUACGAACGCAAUAACUACGUCUUGGAAAAGGUCAACCAAACCAAUGGGAAGUCAGUUUGUCGCUGGGCUAAAACGGCGGCCUGUGUACCUCCUCAAUCUCCAGACAUUCAUCGUGAUCCACGGUUACCAGAAAUUAUAAAAUGUGCGAAGGAUUUGGAGUGUGUAUCCACCUUGGAUGGAACCAAAUGUAGCAAUACGGCCUUGCCCCAAUAUAUUUCCAGGUCUGUCGAAGAAAAGAGAACUUUUGCUGAGCUGAAUGACCGUAGGAUGGUGGGGAAAGUCUGUGCGUGUUGGGAUGCAAAUCGAGUUAUCAAUAAAGAGGUCAAAAGCAGGAAUAGUGGCAGAAUUGCUUAGCGGGGUGCAUUCGGUGAAAACGGUCACGAGGGAAUCGAGGAGUUAUAGUUUGCACCACAUUUCAAUAUUAUGUAAAUGAUUAAAAAUAAAUCAGUUUAGAUAUUGAGGAAGGAAA